ACGUGAUGGGCGGGGCUUCGGUUCGUCUUUGUCGUCAUCGGCAAGCGACGAGUGAUUCAACUCGCAUAUGACAAAUAUGACAUUUCAGCGUCAGUAGAGAGAGAUUGCUUGUGUUUAAACAGAACAGUUAGCUCGGUAACGUUUCGAUAAUGACUUCUCGAUUAUGUUUCUUUUUAUUCAGACCGAGAAUUCCCAGAUCACGUGGUGCGGUACCCAAAACAUCAUGUAGUACAGCUAGAGGCAAGCAUGAGGAGGCACAGAAAAGAGCUCCGAACACCUUACAUUUCUCUCAUUCGUUACUGGGGACUUCUGUGUCACACAGCGGAGGCAGAUUGAGUUUCUGCAGGAGCUUCACAACUUCUGGAAGCAGGACUGAAGCCAUUGGACAGCUGCAGUUAACACACUAUCACCUGGUUUACACCUGCAAAGUGUGCUCCACCCGCUCUAUGAAGAAAAUAUCAAAGAUAGCCUAUCACAAGGGUGUUGUCAUUGUAACUUGUCCUGGAUGUAAAAACCACCACGUGAUCGCUGAUAAUCUGAAGUGGUUCUCUGACCUGGAGGGGAAAAGAAACAUAGAGGAAAUCUUGGCUGCUAAAGGAGAAUCAGUCCGAAGAGUUCAAGGGGACGAGGCCCUGGAAAUUUUUGCGGGGGAAUCAAUAAAGGAGGCGUCAAGAAAUAAUCCAGAUGAUCCGAAACCAACACAUCUGAGCGAUGAUUCAGACAAAACAUGAUUGACAUUUGUCAAUUGCAUCACUGGACAUUUAUUAUUGUUAUAUUUUUCUUAAUAAAGCAUUAAAACAACCAUCUAAUCACUUUGGAGAAGUUGUUUUUA